AUGAAAGACAAUUGUCAGCUACGCUUACUAGGCCAAAUAAUAAACAAUCCACAAUACAAUCGCCCUAAUGUGUCUGAAGUUGUUGUUCUUAUCACAAACGACUUUGGGGAAAACACCGAGCCACGUGAUGUUAUCGUCAGUACAAAGAACGGCGUGCUUCAACGGAUAUCAGAAUUAGAUCAGCUUUACAUGCUUUUGCAGUAUCCGUUAUUGUUUCCGUACGGAGAGACCGGGUUCCACGAGCGAAUACGCUACCAUGACCACACCGGACGUCGGGCGACUAAACGACAAUGUGUUACGAUGCGGGAAUACUACUGCUACAGAAUCCAUUAUCGCAACAAUGAAGGCACCACCCUAUUAAGAGGCGGUCGUUUAUUCCAACAAUAUUUGGUUGACUCAUACGCGGCCAUCGAAGAACAAAGGUUGCGCUGGAUGAGGAAUAACCAAAAUGAGCUGCGUGUUGAACUCUAUCAUAAUGUUUAUGACGCUGUGAUGCGUGGGGAUACAAAUGUUGAGGCUAUCGGACAACGUAUAGUUUUGCCGGCAACCUUUACGGGCAGUCCAAGAUAUAUGAUCCAAAAUUACCAAGAUGCCAUGGCUUUGUGCCGUGCUUUUGGGAACCCCGACCUGUUUGUAACAUUUACAGCUAACCCAAAAUGGCCUGAAAUCGAAGACAUGGUAUCUCUCAUAUCAGGACAGAAGUCGCACGACUGUGCAGAUGUUGUAUCACGCGUUUUUAAGCUAAAGCUAACCUUCUUGAUUGAAGAUAUUAUGAAGAAACAAAUCUUUGGCAACUGCAAAGCAGUUGUUUACACAAUUGAGUUUCAAAAACGAGGCCUACCACACGCGCACCAUUUAUUGUGGCUCGAACAUUCUGCCGCAUCUCGCACGCCGGCUGGUAUAGAUGAUUUGAUUUCAGCCGAGAUCCCAUCGAAAAUUGACGAUCCAUCCGGCUAUAAGGCUGUAACAGAUUACAUGUUGCAUGGUCCAUGUGGGAAUGAUGCGCGCAGUGCUCCGUGUACAACAGAUGGUAAAUGCAUGAAACACUUUCCGAAACCAUUUUAUCGAGAAACGACAAUUGACGAAGACGGUUACCCGGUUUAUCGACGACGAGAUACCAAGAUUUUCUUUAUGAAGGGCAUAACGAAGCUUGACAACCGGUUUGUCGUCCCAUACAACCGUUAUCUCCUCUUAAAGUACGAAUCGCACAUCAAUGUUGAAUGGUGCAACCAGUCCCGAGCAAUAAAAUACCUGUUUAAAUACUUAAACAAGGGGCCAAACAGGGCUACAAUGGUUGUUCAGGAAAACAUUGGCAAUGAUGGUGAAAGGCGUACACAACAGAUUGUUAAGGUCGAUGAGAUUAAAAUCUAUUUGGAUUGCCGGUACUUAUCGCCGUGUGAAGCUGUGUGGAGAAUGCUUGCAUUUCCUAUACAUUACUCAUUCCCAUCCGUCAUGAAGCUAACGUUCCAUACACCUAACCAACAUCUACUCACGUUACGUGAUUCGGACAGAUUUCCAGCCCUGUUAAACCGGGACGGGAUACGAGACACAAUGUUCACCCAAUGGUUUGCGCUGAACAGCAGAGAUGCAGCGGCAAGAAAGUUUACGUACGCCGAGAUACCAACAAAGUAUGUGUGGCAAGAGGAUAACAAGGUAUGGAAAACGCGGUUGGAGCGGACAGCCAUUGGGCAGAUUGUGUAUUGCAAUCCAGCAGUUGGGCCAAAGUAUUAUUUAAGGAUGUUGUUGGGAAUUGUGAGAGGGCCCCGAAGUUUUGAAGAAAUAAAAACGGUCGACGGAGUCGUGUAUGAAACGUUCAAAGAAGCCUGCUAUGCGUACGGCUUGCUUAAUGAUGACAAGGAGUGGAAUGACGCUCUUUCAGAGGCUAAAUUAUGGGCGUCCGGUUCCCAGCUACGGGAAUUGUUUGUUACCAUGUUGUUGUUUUGCGAAGUGAACCGCCCGGCACAACUGUGGGCACAGAAUUGGGAGAUACUAUCUGAUGAUAUUUUGUACAUGAAACGUAGGCUCUUCAUGUUUCCGGGAUUACAUUUAUCGGAUGACUAG